GUAAUAUAAACAGGGAGCAUGUCACCAUCACCUCAACAAGAUCAGAAUUUAACUUUAUGCUUGUUACCCCUAAGUUCAUCAAAAGACGGUAACCUGGUUCUUCACAUCUUCCUGAAGUACAACGAGGAAACUGAGGCUCAGAGAGGUUAAUUGACUUGUCCAUGGUCACACAGCUGAUGAAAAAUGGAGCAUUGUAGAAGGAAAGGGGCUUUUGAUCCAAGAUCACCCAACUAAGAAGUGUGAUUUGAACCUAGGUACUACCUGUCCUGUGUCAUAGGUGGCAGCUGCCCACCAUAUUCAGCUAUGCGUCCGCUGGUGUUCCUGUGUGCCCAGCAGGUGAUCAAGGAUGAAGAAUCUGCGUGCCAGGCCUUGGAGCUUCUGCCGCAGGACCUAUACCCAGUCCUAUUCAAGGCAGCCUUCAUGCAUGGGAAGACACUCUUGCUCCAGGCUUUGGUGCAUACGUGGCCCUACCCCAUCCUCAGUUUCAAGCAAUUAUUGCAGGAUCGGCCACACUGCCGCAGGGCUCUGAGGCAGGACUGGCCACACUGCCUUCGGGCCCUCCUCCAGGAGUGUCCAAAUUGCCCCCGUGCCCUGCUUCAAGAUCGGCCUGCAGAGGAGCUGGUACAGGCAAUGAUCAUGGGAGUCAAGGCUCGGCUGGAAGAAGCAACAGAUAAUGGAACCCAGCAGUCGCUCUAUAGGAGACAUCCACUGCAGCUAUUAGACAUGACUGGACUUCUGGAUUAUGGCUAUGAGGAAGACCUAAAAACUAUGAAAAUGUGGGCCCGUACCAUGACCAUGGCCCAAACAGGCAUUUGCCACCUCUUGGACAAAGUCGAGCAGCCAAACGAAAGCCCCAACAAGUGCAGGAAAGUUGAGGACUUGCCGUGCACACUUCUCCCUGUGGAAGUGCGUGUAGAUCUCUGGGUAACCCCUUCUUCCAGUGGCUUUCUGAAGCAGGCCCUGCAAAAUAAUGCUGUCAGCCCCCUGCGCUUGUGCUGCAGGGAUUUCCGAGCUGAAGAUCUCCCACCAGACAUCACUGUGGAUCUUCUGGGGUUGUUAGACCAUUCCAGCUUACGCCGGUUAGACCUGUCCUUCUUUACUUUAGAAGCAGGGGGUGUGUGGGAGAUCGUAGCUUCCAUUAUGAAGUUUACUAAUCUGCUGAGCUUGAAACUUCAGUACAGCAACAUGGAUGUGUGGCGACUUUGGGCCAUGUUAGAAGGCACCUUUAGUUUCCUGGCUUCAGAGAUGAGCAAGCUGAAACGCCUCAAGGAGCUUAAUCUGGGCACCUCUUGGCUUUCUGGUCAGCUGCGGCAGCUGCUCAGUGGCCUACAGUGUCCCCUGGAAAGCCUGGAACUUCCCGUCUGCUAUCUGCUCCCUGUGGACUUGAGCUACUUGUCCCAGAGUCCCCAUGCUCCCCACCUCAAGAAGCUAGACCUCAGUGGCAACAACCUGUCAGGUGACCUCUUGCCCCCCUUCCAGGCACUCUUGGGGGAGGCCUCGGCCUCCUUGCUGUGUCUGAAGGUGACAGAGUGCCAGCUUAUGGACGUUCACCUCAUCAGCACCCUGCCCCUUCUGUCCCGCUGCACCCGCCUGAGGUAUCUUGGUCUCUAUGACAAUCCCCUUUCCAGCAUUGGGCUAAAGGCUUUACUGUCGCGCUCCGAGGUCAUGCCUGACCUCCAGCUGGUUGUGUACCCGUUUCCUGUGGACUGCUACAAGGACCUGCCUGGGGUGCCCCUGUCCGCUAACCUCUUGGAGGACUAUAUCGAUGAGGAGAAAUUUGCUCAGGUUCAGGGAGAGAUGCACCAGAUGCUGAUAGCAGCAGGUCGGGCUGAUGUGCUAUGGACCACUGAUGUCUAUGGCCCAAAUAUGCCCGACUACUUUAGCUUGUGACAGGACGGCUGCCUGCCAGGGACAGGGAGGCCUUUGCAGUCACCCAUUCCCCCUGGGCCUGGCAGGAGAGCCUCCUCACCUCCUGGGCAGCAGCUCUUGGGGACAGGUAGGGAGCCACAGAAUUUUUGUUCUUGUUGCCUGUUUUCUUCAGACAGGGGAAUGGGGCUCGCUAACAGGAAAGCUUCAACCUGUGCCUCAGCUGAAGGGUCCUUGCUAAGGAGGACUAGUGUGAAUGAGGAGCUCCCAUCCAGGGAGAUAGGCCCACUUUUCUGGAACCACAUUUGGUUAAUUGUUCCUAUGGGAAGAGCAUAAUUAUAUCCAUCCUCCCAGUGAGGGAAGGGAGUUGGUGUACAUUACUGAGGAAUGGAAGGUCACAUACCAAGCUGAGACCUUGGAGCUCCCGAAUUAUAUCUCAGAAGCUUUCUUGGUCAAGAGUAAGCCGUAGCCUUUCCCUUCCUGAUCCACCCUUUGGAAUACACAGCUCCUGCUGUGAACUUCUCUUCUGCCAGGCUAAAGAUACCCACUUAGUUUCUCAUGUCUUCUUCUAAGUUCCUGGUUUCCCUUCUCCAAGUGUCUCGCCAACUAUUUUUUCUUCUUUUACUCUUCUACCUCAUCCUGGGAAGGGUUUGAGCUUAGGCAGGUGCUAGCCCCUUCUUCAGCUGCAUCAGCCUUAGCUACUCCUUCAUCUCACCCUUCAGUGGCACAAAGAGGCAGGCAGUGGAAAAGGGCAGCCUCAGGGAUCCUUCCUUGGACCUUCAGGACUGGUUUUUCCUCAGUUCCCCCAGGACUCAUGUUCCAAUUUGAACUUUCCAGGGCUUUAAUAUUUCAUUAUUUUCAAAUCUCAUUUGAUUUUUAAUCUCUUGGCUUGAGAUAUCUAGCACCACUUGGUCCCUGGAGCUGCUUGCUCCUCCUGAGCUCACAUUGACUGAUGUAUCUUCCUUUUUUUAUUUUUUUAAAAAUUUUUUUGGCUAUUGCCACUCUCAGAGUACCUAGUUUUGCUUUCACUGGUCCCUUUUUUCCUUCUUAACCCUGUUUCUCCAUACUUCCCAUUGUCUAAAAUUUAUUCCUAAAUUAAAAGUAGAGGGUAUUGAUUUGGAAAUAAUAUAACAACCAAGAUAAUUACAAUCAGUUAUAAAAAAAAAUUAAUUCCAGAACAGACUUCAUUAUAUUUAACUUUCUGAAGUGUUUUUUAGGCUUAAGUUGGCCCUAGUGAACUUCUUUUCAUCCCCACACCCUCUAGGGCUCCAGAAAAGAGGACAACAAAACUUGUCUCAGAAUCCCAUUGCCUAUUUGAGAUUUUCUUCCUAACAGCAGUUCCCAUUUGUAAUCAGGAUGCUUCCUGAUUGCUGCUCAGAGAUGACACACAUUCUUACAUAAUCAGAUUGCUAAAUAUCUGCCCUUUUUUUUACCCAAAUUGGAGGAAGAGGUGAUAAGGAACUACAUGUCACUGAAGUAUUAUUUUUCAUUUUUCCAUUACUCAGAAACAAGACUUAAUUCAGCAUUUUAUUUAAUUCUACUUUGCCCCUUCCAGAUUUCACAGAAGACACAAAUCCCUUUUAUUUCCAGGAUUCCAGGAAUACAUGGUGCUUAGCCCAGUGAGAAGAGGUCACAGUGAUAGCUAGUUGUUUCCUCACCCCAGAGGAAAAAGCUGCCUGGCAAAACUAGUGCCUGUCCCUUUCAUUCCCUGUCCUUUGCUUCUUUAUUUGUUAUUCCCUAGACAUUGGAGCAGGAAAGGUUAUAUUUGUGUCUGUGUGUAGACUUUGUUUCCUGACUCCUGAAAGAAACAGCCAUGGCUAACACAUGCAUGGGGACCUGCUGACGUUUUGCUUAUCCAGGUUGACACAGCAUGGACUGCAUUGCUUCACAGAUGAUUCAUAAUCACUUACCUGGGAGAAACAGGUAGUGAACCUUCUUUUCUCUGGAGUCCUCACACUGACCUGAGCAUAUCAAGAUUCCAGGGUAGAAGGAAGGUAAAGGAGCCCUUAUGCCAUCUUACUCAAGAUGGGAAAAUAUAGGAGCGAGAGGAAGGUCUCUAUCUAUGAACAGGGUAAUUGGAUUUUACUCCACAUGAAUUGUUUGCUGACUUCCCCAGCCAAUGCUGAUGGAAUUGUUCUUGAAGGAAGGACAUGGCAUUCAUUCCUGUUAAAUUUAAUCUCGCUUCUUGGUCCACUUUUGUUGGAAUCUUUGUGAAUCUCAACUUUGUUGUUCAUGGGGAGCUGUGUGCCACCCAGUUUCUGCCAAGAAUUUACAAGUUGAAAUGACGGGUCCUCAGAUUGCUCUCUGUGGACAGACUAUUGGAACUGUUAUCUUUGAGUUUUCAUCAUUCCCUUCAGUACCCACAUUGCCCUGCAAAGGUGGGUUGGGGGAGUUGCACACCAGCAUAUAAGCCUGUGACAGAUGUGUGCAGGCAUGUCAAACUCUUGGGUGCUGAGGGGGAUUCAAAAAAUUGCUUUUACUGCAAGGGAUGGAAGGGAGAACCAAACCCAGUCUUAUCCUCUAGUGUUUCCUCCUGUGCUGGAGCAGACCGAGAAAUAUAUAGGUCCUUGGUGUCUCUCUUAAAGACUGAUCAGUGAUAUCCCAGAAUUCAACCCCUGGGAGCAUCCCAGACUAGAACUUGUGUAAACCUGAUUCUGACCCCAGCAUGUUCCCAGGUUCAAAGCUGAUCUGUCUGGGGCCAUGUCAUUUGUUUUACCUACUCAAAGCCUUUUCACCAUCUCUACCAAGAACCUUAGAGGAAAUAGUCCAAGAUGGCUGUGGCCUUUAGACCUGAGUAGAGGUGGAGUCAGGAUAAUUGAAGUGGUCUAUAAGUGAACCGCUGCACUGUUAUCCAGCCAAUAUUUAGGAAACUGCUUUGCUUUUCAACCUAAAUGAAGGCCUUGAUAAAUUUUAUUUUUUUUGUUCCAUCAUUCCAGCCUUUGAGUUCUUUGGGAAUCUUACCUCUGUGAUCCAUUGCUACUUUGAUACUCAACUUCCAUUCAAUAAAUAUAGUUUGUCAUAGGAUUAAGGCACAGUGAGUUGGGGGAGGAUUAUUAAAAAAUAAAGAGUAAAGACAUAAGCCCUGCCCUCAAGAAGUUAUGGUUUAAUAGAGGAAAUAAGAUGGACAUAAUUCCGAAAGAGAUUUAAGGAGGGGAAAAGACUUUUUUAUGGCACCUUAGUUGAAUCUUGAGAGAUUUUAACUGGAAAUUUUUAUUUUAGGGGUGUGAGCGAUGUAAGCAAAGGCAAUAGAGAAGGGAAAGGAUGAGAUAAAAACAGAUAAUGAGUAGUCCAUCUUAGCUGACAGGUAGAUUAUAUAAAGGAGAUAGGGUAGUAUGAGAUAAGGCUGUGAAAGUAUAGAAACCAGAUUGUGGAGGGUGUUAAGGAUGGGAUCAGAAUUUUAUACUUCAUUAACUAGGAAAGCAGAAACUGAAGUCAUUUUUAAACACAAAAAAGGCUCUAUGUAAUCAAAGGAUAGCUUGGGAAGGGGCAAGACUGGAGACAUUGAAGAUAAAUUGUUUGAGGUGUUACAGGCCUGGAAUCCUGGAGAUAGGUGAUAGAUCUAGAGGCAAAAGUAGGGAAAUGUAUGAGUAGCAGAUGAUGAGUAGUAGGCCCUGAGAAAGAACAAAAAGUUUGCCUGGGAGGUACUCCUUGGAUCAUUGCUUUAGAUGUUCAGAUAUUUAGGUUGAUAAUCAUCUGGGUGAGCCUCAGUGCAGUAUUUUGGCAUUAUGAAAAAAGUUAUCAAUCAUCUCUCAUCUACAGUCAUUGAAAAUGCUGUUCAUGCUGUUGAAAAGAUAUAUGGACCCUGCAGAGAACAGUUACAAAACAAGAUAAUUGAGUGAGUUUUCAUAAGUUAACUUCACUGUUGCCUCUCAGCAGUUCACAUAACUGCAGUGUUGCUUUUCACACAUGGGAGGUUGAAACAUGAUUGGAUCCAAGGGAAUUGGGACCUAGGAAUCUGAUGACAUCAGCCUUACUCAUCUUUCUCACUGCUAUUCAACUUCUUAGCCUCACAUUCAGUCAAGACUCCGUGCUAUUAUGCUUUCACACUUACUAUGCAGUCGUUAGAUACCACAUAGGGUGCGCUCAGUGCUUCAGACAAUCUGGACUGCUUCCCUUUCUGUCCUUCCCCUCCACCUAUGUCCAGCUUUUUCCUGCUGCUGAUUUUUGCUUAUGUCAUUUCCUAUCCCUGUCCACCCUCCCCCCAAUCAUCUCUGUUUAAAGCCUAUGUAGCCCUUUAAGGUCCAACUCGAGCGAUAUCUCCCUUCCCCCAGUCACAAAGCUUCUGCUCCACUUGCUCCCUAAACACCAUUGCUUGCACCACUUGUCAUGCACUUAUAAACACAGAAUGUUUAGUAUUAUAGUUACUUGUGUGUGAUGCAUUCCCUUGUUAGAUUGUGAGCUCCAUGAGGGCAGAGAUUUUAUCUUACCUAAUCUUUUGUGUCUCCCCUCAACCCAGGCACAGUGUUCUGCUUUUAGAGGGCCCUUGUUAAUGUUUGUUAGAAGCUUAUUAAGUGAGGAGGUAGUGGAAGAACAUUUACCUACCUGUAAAAAGAGUUCGAAUCUUUUGGGCCUGCUGGAAUUAAAAAGCCCUAGAGGGUGGUCAACUAGAGCUGCCCAACUAAGGAGAAUACAGAGGAACUGGAAAAAGGUGGCUGCUUAAAAGCAACAAGAAAAUACCGAGGCCAGCAGAACAACAUCUGAACUUGACAGAUUGAAAGAACUAUUUGUUUAGCUCCAGAACUUAUUUAUCUCAGAACCAAACUCCUCACCACCUGCUCACCCCCUGCCUGUUAUACUACUUCCUCUUCAGCUGUGCCUUCCCUUCAGCUCCCCUGCCUGGAUUCCCAGUUACUGAAUUUCUUCAGUGGAAGAGAAAACCCUCCUUUCCCUCUCUUGGGAACUUCCCCCUGGCUUUGGGGCCUUUGGACUGGGAAGGUUCCAGUUUUCACCACGGAGCCUGUUUCAUCGUGUGCUGGGAUACUUGAAAGAACUUGGUUGGUUAUGGGGGAAUAGCUGUCAGUGGCUGGGGGGAAUCCUGGUGAGUGGGAGAGGUACCCUGGAUUUAGAGAUGAGUGUGCACUCUCCCUGUGUAUCUCCUUGUGCCUUCUCAGGCCUUGGGGGUGGAGGGGAAGUCAGGACUGCUUGGGUAGUAGUGGUGUCUAGAUUGUGGGACCUCCAGAAGAACAGUGACUGUGUCUUAUCCAUCCUAUGUAUCUCCCUCAGCGCUGAACCCUGGUGCUCUGCGCUUAAUAAAUGUUCGUUAAAAGUUAAAA